AUGACUGAUACAGAAAGUGUACCAGAAUUGGAAGGUGAAUUUAUUGUCGAGAAAAUCCUAAAGAGAAGAAUUAAAAAUGGGAGAAUUGAAUAUUUCCUUAAAUGGAAAGGCUUCUCUGAUUCAGAAAAUACAUGGGAACCAACGGAAAAUCUUAACUGCCCCGAAUUGAUUCAGGCUUUUGAAGAGGAACGAGCUAAAUUUGAAUUGCCAAAAAGAAGUGAACAUAUUGAAAAGAUUGUUGGAGCCUUUAAGGACGGUGAUGACAUUAUCUUCGUUAUAAAAUGGAAAGGAACUGAUGAAUGUACCUUAAUGUCUUCAAAGAUUGCUAAUUUUGCUUAUACGCAAGAUGUCAUUAAGUUUUACGAGGAACGAAUCUCUUGGAAAUAA